AUGGCCCUGGAGGAGAAGCGGGAGAAGCGGCCGCCCGUCACCCCCAUGAUGAUCGAGGAGGAGGCCGCCCUGCGGAACGGCAGCCGGGGGCUGCCGCCGGGCCCCUGGGCCGAGGCGGCGGGGCCGAGACCCCGCACGACGGAGCGGCACAUCGCCGUGCACAAGCGCCUGGUGCUGGGCUUCGCCGUCUCCAUCCUGGCGCUGCUGGCCGUGACCAUGGUGGCCGUGCUGCUCAGCGUCCGCUUCGAGGAGUGCGGCGCCGCCGCCGACGGCCCGCCGCGGGUCGGCGGCAACGGGAGCCUGCCCGGGGGGGCCCGCCCGCCGCCCCGAGCCGGGCAGCCCCCCGGCCGGCCCGAGCCCGAGGAGCAGGCGCGGGGCGGGGAGGCGACGGCGGCGGCGGCGGAGGAGGAGGAGGAGGAGGAGGAAGAGGAGGAGGAGGAGUGGCAGCGGCGGAGGUUGCUGCCUCCCUGGGCCCGGCCGCGGCUGCCGCGGCACCUGCGGCCGCUGCACUACAACCUGAUGCUGAGCGCCUUCAUGGAGAACUUCACCUUCUGCGGGGAGGUGAACGUGCAGCUGGAGGUGCGCAACGCCAGCCGCUACAUCGUGCUGCACGCCCACCGCAUGCACAUCGAGGCGGUCCGCGUGGCCGAGGACAAGCUGGCCGGCGCCGUGCGGGUGGCCCGCUCCUUCCUCUACCCCCAGACCCAGGUCCUCGUCGUCGUCCUCAACCGCAGCCUGGAGGUGCAGCGGAGUUACAACCUCAAGAUCAUCUACAACGCCCUCAUCGAGAACGAGCUGCUCGGCUUCUUCCGCAGCUCCUACGUCCUGCACGGCGAGAGGAGGUUUCUUGGUGUUACGCAGUUUUCUCCUACUCAUGCCAGAAAAGCCUUUCCUUGCUUCGAUGAGCCCAUCUACAAGGCCACUUUCAAAAUCAGCAUCAGGCACCAAGCAACUUAUAUAUCUUUGUCCAACAUGCCAGUUGAAACUUCUGUUUUUGAAGAAGAUGGAUGGGUUACAGAUCACUUUUCACAGACCCCUCUCAUGUCCACGUAUUACCUAGCCUGGGCAGUGUGCAAUUUUACGUACCGGGAAACUGUCACCAAGAGUGGAAUAGUUGUACGAUUGUAUGCAAGACCUGAUGCAAUCCGAAGAGGAUCAGGGGACUAUGCUCUAAAUAUUACAAGAAGACUAAUUGAAUUUUAUGAAGAUUAUUUUAAAGUGCCCUAUUCCCUGCCAAAAUUAGAUCUGUUAGCUGUGCCUAAACAUCCAUAUGCUGCUAUGGAGAACUGGGGACUGAGUGUUUUUGUGGAACAAAGGAUACUGCUAGAUCCAAGCAUUUCUUCUAUAUCAUACCUGCUGGAUGUCACCAUGGUCAUUGUACAUGAGCUAUGUCAUCAGUGGUUUGGUGACCUUGUGACUCCAGUUUGGUGGGAGGAUGUAUGGUUGAAAGAGGGUUUUGCUCACUAUUUUGAAUUUGUCGGGACAGACUACCUCUACCCAGGAUGGAACAUGGAAAAGCAGAGAUUUCUGACAGAUGUCCUACAUGAAGUGAUGUUGCUGGAUGGUUUGACCAGUUCACAUCCAGUAUCCCAGGAGGUGCAGCAAGCCACAGACAUUGACAGGGUGUUUGACUGGAUUGCAUAUAAAAAGGGUGCAGCUUUAAUUCGAAUGUUGGCUAAUUUUAUGGGUCACUCUGUGUUUCAAAUGGGUUUACAAGACUAUUUAACCAUUCACAAGUAUGGCAAUGCAGCCAGAAAUGAUCUCUGGAACACAUUGUCAAAGGCUUUAAAAAGGGUUGGAAAAUCUGUAAAUAUCCAAGAAGUAAUGGAUCAGUGGACACUGCAGAUGGGUUAUCCUGUUAUCACUAUCUUGGGAAAUGAAACUACGGACAAUGUCAUAGUAAUCUCCCAAGAGCGUUUUGUUUAUGAUAGUGAUGCUAAAACCAAGGAUCCUGACUUUGGAGACAACAGCUACUUGUGGCAGAUUCCAUUAACAAUUGCAGUAGGAAAUACGAGCCACAUCUCAUCAGAGGCAAUUAUAUGGGUGUCUAACAAAUCAGAACACCACAGAAUUCCUGCUUUGGAAGAGGCAAGUUGGUUGCUGGGGAACAUCAACCAGACCGGCUACUUUAGAGUUAAUUAUGAUGUUAGGAAUUGGAGGCUGCUAAUUAAUCAACUAACAAGGAACCAUGAGGUUAUCUCUGUCAGUAAUCGAGCAGGCUUGAUCGAUGAUGCAUUCAAUCUAGCCAGAGCUGGUUAUUUGCCUCAGAAUAUUCCUUUGGAGAUUAUCAGAUACCUUUCAGAGGAGAAGGAUUUUCUGCCUUGGCAUGCUGCCAGCCGAGCUCUUUAUCCUCUAGAUAAAUUACUGGACCGCACAGAAAGCUACAACAUCUUCAAUGAGUAUAUUUUAAGACAAGUUGCAUCAAUGUAUCUCAAGCUUGGAUGGCCAACGAAUAAUUUAAACAAAUCACUUGUUCAAGCAUCCUACCAACAUGAAGAGUUGCGUCGGGAAGUCAUCAUGUUGGCCUGCAGCUUCGGUAACAAACAUUGUCACCAGCAGGCUGCAACGUUAAUCUCUGAUUGGAUUUCUAGCAAUAGAAACAGAAUCCCACUUAAUGUGAGAGACAUUGUCUACUGUACAGGAGUUUCACUGAUGGAUGAAGACGUAUGGGAGUUCAUUUGGAUGAAAUUUCAUUCUACCAUAGCAGUGUCUGAGAAAAAAAUAUUAUUAGAAGCCUUAACUUGCAGUGAUGACAGAAAUUUGCUCAAUAGGCUUUUGAAUUUGUCUCUCAACUCAGAAGUUGUCCUGGAUCAGGAUGCAAUUGAUGUGAUAAUCCAUGUAGCUCGAAAUCCACAUGGAAGAGAUCUUGCGUGGAAGUUUUUCAGAGAAAAAUGGAAAAUAUUAAAUGCCAGGUAUGGAGAAGCAUUAUUUAUGAAUUCAAAGCUUAUCAGUGGGGUCACAGAAUUCCUUAAUACUGAAGAAGAACUAAGAGAGCUAAAGAACUUUAUAAAGAGUUAUGAAGAGGGAGCUGCUGCCUCUUUCUCCCGUGCUGUGGAAACAGUGGAAGCCAACGUACGGUGGCAAAGGCUUUAUAAGGAAGAACUAUUCCAGUGGCUAAGAAAAUCCUUGACACACUAA